CUGGACGGAGAAGAGAGGAGAAGAGAGAAGAGAAGAGAGGAGAGGAGAGGGCGCAUCAGCAGAAGCGGUGGACGAGGAGGUUUUUUUUUAUCCAUUCACAUCGAGCAAGGAUCGAGCGAGCAGAGUGAACAUUCAUUUAUGAUCUGAAUCCAGCGCAAGACGAGACGUGUGUGUGUGUCUGUGUGUGUGUGUGAUGCGAGUCGCCUGUAAAAUGCAGCCUUCAUCGUAAAACCCGACCUACAGCCUUGGAUCGUUUCAUUUAUCCGUUUCGUGGUACCUGGUUUAACAGCAAGCAUGGAUGAUGAUAAUCAAGUACCCGAGGAUCUGUCCUUAGAUGAGAGGGACGAGCUGACAAACAUACGGCGCAGGAAAAAAGAACUUCUAGAUGACAUUGAGAGGUUGAAGUUCGAGAUCGCAGAAGUGAUGACGGAAAUCGAGCAGCUCACCUGCGUCGGAGAGAGCAAAACCACACAAAGAAACAAACAGAUUGCCAUGGGAAGAAAGAAAUUCAACAUGGACCCCAAAAAAGGGAUCCAGUUUCUUUUGGAGAAUGACCUCCUGCAACACACCCCUGAAGACAUAGCCCAAUUCCUGUACAAAGGGGAGGGGCUAAACAAAACAGUCAUUGGGGAUUACUUAGGGGAACGGGAUGACUUCAACAUUAAAGUGCUCCAGGCCUUCGUGGAACUCCAUGAAUUCGCAGACCUCAAUCUUGUCCAAGCGUUAAGGCAAUUCCUGUGGAGCUUCAGGCUGCCAGGCGAGGCGCAGAAGAUCGAUAGAAUGAUGGAGGCCUUUGCGUCUCGAUACUGUCAGUGCAACCCAGGAGUCUUCCAAUCCACAGACACGUGUUAUGUCCUGUCCUUUGCCAUCAUCAUGCUGAACACCAGCCUCCACAACCCCAAUGUCAGGGACAAGCCCGCCGUGGAGCGCUUCAUCUCCAUGAACAGGGGAAUCAAUGAGGGAGGAGACUUGCCUGAGGAGCUGCUCAGGAACCUGUACGAGAGCAUUAAAAGCGAGCCUUUCAAGAUCCCUGAGGAUGACGGCAACGACUUGACCCACACUUUUUUCAACCCCGACAGAGAAGGCUGGCUGCUUAAGCUAGGAGGAAGAGUAAAAACCUGGAAAAGGCGGUGGUUUAUUUUAACCGACAAUUGCCUGUAUUACUUCGAGUACACGACGGACAAGGAGCCACGGGGUAUAAUUCCUCUGGAGAACCUCAGUAUCAGAGAGGUGGAUGAGCCCAGGAAGCCUAACUGCUUUGAGCUCUAUAACCCCAGCCACAAGGGUCAGGUGAUCAAGGCGUGCAAGACGGAGGCUGAUGGCCGAGUGGUCGAAGGUAACCAUGUGGUCUACAGGAUAUCAGCCCCCACACCGGAGGAGAAAGAAGAGUGGAUCAAGUCUAUAAAGGCCAGCAUUAGCAGGGACCCUUUCUACGACAUGCUGGCUACCAGGAAACGCCGCAUCGCCAACAAGAAGUGAUGAGCCACUCGUCGCCAUAUGCGAGGCCUUUAGACAUCGUCAACGUAGGACUUAAUCAUCACGGUGGCCAAUUAUCCACUAUUUAAACCCAUCACCCCUUAUUCCGCUCUGUUUUUCUUCCACGCAUCGGAAGCAAAAAACUCGGCCGAUGUUGCUUUCCCUGCGCUCAUAUGGAUGUGAGCGCGCACACGUGGACAGCCUGCGUGCCCGAGGAUUACGCAUUGAUGGGAUUCGUCCAUGAAAUCCCAGCGUGUUCAGACCUCAGUUUAUGCCCAAGUCACUAAAGCAACACUUUGCUCAUGCCAUUAGAAAGAACAGAUAGCUGGAACCAGUAAGGAUUAAGGAAAUGGACUGGUGUCCAGUAGCUGUUAUAUUUAUUUUAGCUCUUAUUGUAAAGUGUUUCUUUAAUGACCGAUGAGAGCUACAGUACAGCGUACCCCGAUCAUCCACACAUCAUAUUCAUAUACAGUACAAUAUACAUUGUCAUUUCACUGCAGCUCUAACCGACAUAGACUAUUAUAUUACUAUGGUGCUGAACGAGUUUCUGUCUGUGCAAUUUGUUCAAGAGAAACAACAUAAAAGCUUGAAAUGUUUCUAGUAUAAAUGUUGGAAUGCAAUUUAACACUAUAUGGCAGUCUUAAGUCAGCUGGACUGAUUUGUUUCAUUUGUCGACAAAUACUAGAGGAAAUACAGAUAUGUUUUUGGAUUCUUUUUUAUCUUUCUUCGUAAAUGGGCUGGUGCCAGUGAGUUUAAGCUUUCUGUUUAGUUCUUAGGAAUUGAGAGUUAAGAGACCACAAGGCCUCCAUUAAGGAAAUGUGUGACUGAAGUUAUUAAAAAACAAAUAUAAGACAAAUGUCUGUUUUAUGGAUCGGUUUCACCCCUGGGGGCCUUGAGCCACUCCACUCAGUGUAAAAGUGCUGAUCUGGGAUCAGUCUUUACUCUUGUUUAUGACUACAUGGACAUGAGUGAUCCUAGACCAGAGCUUUACUUUAGGACUCGAAAUGUAGAAGUUUGAUAAUGUAUCGAUGUGUUGUGAAUGUUUAUAUCCCUGUUAAAAGCUAAAGAUUUGCUUGCGUUUAUGUUUCUUUUACAGACAUAACUGAAUAUCUUUUUAUAUUUAUUUUCUCUGUAAAAUGUUUGACCUGUAAUUGCCAAACCUAUGGACUUAAGUUAUGUGUAAAUACUGGAAACAGUCGUCUUCUUUGUGUAUGUAUGAGUUACUGCGUAUCAAUCACAACAGCUAUGGUUUGGGAAAUUACUUUUGGCAGCUUUAUAUUGCCGUCAUGUCAUGUGGUUCAGAAUUAUUAUUAUUAUUAUUAUUAUUAAUAUUAGUUGGUUUAUAUGUAUUUGUAAAAUAAGAGCUCUAGCCCAGGGUGGAAAUAUUAUCUUCAGCUGCCCUGUGAAGCUAUACAUUAAUUUUUAUAUGACUGUAAAAGCUAUUGGUCAUUACCAUAAAACAUUCAUAAAGCUUUAA